GAUUGUUUUGCUUAGUGUUUAUUGUAAACAAUAAAUAUCGCGAUUCUAGCAAAUUUAAAUAAUCGUAAAUUAUGUCUGAAGAGCAAUCAAAAUGUAAAUUUAAAAAUCCAAAUUUCACUUACACGCAGCCAGGAAAUAAGAAGUUAAUAUGGAAAUCACUUAAACAAAUCAUGUCAACAGAAAAAAGUCUUACUUGGCCAGAGGAUGCAGUAACAUAUUCCUCUUUAAGUUCUCCACCAUCUUUUCGGCCAGCUAAAAAGUAUUCUGAUAUAUCUGGGCUGAUUGCGCCCUAUACUGAUCCACAAACAAAAUUGCACUACCACAAUGCAGAAGAGUAUGCAAUUGUUAAGGAGCUACCUUCAGAUAUAACUGCUGGUUACCUAAACUUACGUGGGGCAAGUAGUAUCGUAUAGUUACACUUCAAAGAAUUUUAUUAACAUUCAGUUUUAUGAAUUGAAAAUGAAAAA